AUGUCGAACAUAGAUACCCGGAAGUAUGAAUUCUACCACGAUCCUAAGCAAUUCUUUCCUGACGAUAUGGUUGACUUCGAAAGUCGCGAGUUCGGAGGACCUUCUGCGAAUAGGCACGCGGUGAUGCAGAACCUGCUUACUACUACUUGGAAGUGUCCUUCCAUAUUCAGCACGGCCUGGAUUCGAGAUGCAGGAACAGAAUCCAUUCAAGUCAAAGACAAAACAGAACGCAAUAAGGUACAAGAACCAUUCAAAAGUGCGGAGAAUGAUGACCUAUUCCGAAGGGCUGAAAAGAGAGAAACAAUUUCGCAAAUUAUCCCUGAUCCAGUCUCCGCUGGACACGCGAAGCCGCCCACACAGUCCGAGACGAUGCAGAUCGACUUAAGUUUUUGCAAUCGUGAAUUAAAUAUGGGCCAAUUCCGAAGCUUAUUGUUGGCGAAUGAGAUGGAAGUGUCAUCUACGGUUGAACUUCUAGAAUGGAACGAAAUUCUCCUGUCCUUGGUGGGUCUUUGGCCACUCAGUCAUAACGACACGCGGUUUACCCUCGGUCUAAUUUGUUUACUGAUUCAUGUGACUUUAGAAUACGUAGACCUUUACAAACUCGGCAAAAAUUUUGAACACGUCGUGGCGAAUCUAUCCGAAAAUAUAACGUACACGACGAUCCUGGUUCAAGUGAUUCUUCUACGUGUUAACAGCCGGCAACUGGGACAAGUAAUCCGGGCGGUUAACGAAGAUUUUGUCGAGAUAAAUUAUAAAACAACUCUGGAAAAAAAAGUCCUUCUAGACAACUAUAAGAAGAUCCGGGUAUUCGUUGCAGUAGCAGUAACGUUGACACUCUCUACGGCAGUUAGUUAUUACCUGGCACCUCUCGUUGGUCUGCUAGCAACCGUGAACGGAAAUUCAACAAUGGAGUUAAAAUUGCCAUACCACACGUAUAUAUUCUAUGACGUGUCAAACAUUGAAUCUUACUCACUGACAUACGCCGCUCAACUUCCGUUCGUAUUUAUCGCGUCUUUCGGAUACGUUGGCCCCAAUACUCUAAUCGUCACUUUGACAGUCCACGUGUGUGGACAACUGUCCGUCCUUGCGGAACGAAUCAACGAUAUAAAUACCGAUGGUCAAGAGUGUGGUCUGGCAAUAAAAACGUUUGUCAAAAAACAAGUGCGACUGAUACGAAUAACACAGACUCUGGAGGAGGUGUACAAUGUUAUUUUAUUGGGUCAACUUCUUGGAGGAAUGAUUCUCAUAUGUAUCCUGUCCUACUACGUUUUAGCGCACGCUGAGGGAGAACAAAAUUCAAAUUUCUUCAGUGUUACCUUGUACAUCCUAAGUGUGAUACUUAACAUCUUCGUUUAUUGCUUCGUAGGUGAACGUCUUGUCCAAGAGAGUACUAAAGUACAUGACGCGUUAAGCGCAUGUCGAUGGUACGACAUGUCAUCGGUUCAUGCCAAAAUGCUCAUCAUAUGCAUGGCCAGGUCUCAGAAGCCGCUCGUACUGACGGCUGGAAAAUUCUACAAAUUUUCUAUGGGCAGUUUUGCAAAUGUAAUGAAAACCUCGAUGGCGUACCUGUCGGUGUUGAGAAGUCUCCUUUAAUGCAACUAAUCCGAAAUGGUCUCAAUUUUGAAAUCGUCAUGAGAUACAUGAAUUAAUAUAGGUAAUGAUGUACAGGAACAAGUACAAUUAGAGAUUCAAGAAUUUGUUAGGAAUAUUGAAAGUACGAAAAGCAGCAUACACUGAACGAUUUUUCCAAUGUUGUCCUGAUUAGCACAAGAUACGUGCAUUAAUUCUUGUAGCAUAUUUUCCCCAAAUAUUGAUCACUGAUGAAUUAUUUUCAUGCAAUAUCACGUAUGUUUCCUCAG